AUGGGGGAUGGGGUAUAUGGGGGAUGGAGAUAUAUGGGGGGUGGGGGUAUAUGGGGGAUGGAGAUAUAUGGGGGAUGGAGGUAUAUGGGGAUGGAGAUAUAUGGGGGAUGGGGGUAUAUGGGGGAUGGAGAGAUAUGGGGGAUGGAGGUAUAUGGGGGUGGGGGUAUAUGGGGGAUGGAGAUAUAUGGGGGAUGGAGGUAUAUGGGGAUGGAGAUAUAUGGGGGAUGGGGGUAUAUGGGGGAUGGAGAUAUAUGGGGGAUGGAGGUAUAUGGGGAUGGAGAUAUAUGGGGAUGGAGAUAUAUGGGGGAUGGGGGUAUAUGGGGGAUGGAGAUAUAUGGGGGAUGGAGGUAUAUGGGGUGUGGGGUAUAUGGGGGAUGGAGAGAUAUGGGGAUGGAGGUAUAUGGGGGGUGGGGGUAUAUGGGGGAUGGAGAUAUAUGGGGGAUGGAGGUAUAUGGGGAUGGAGAUAUAUGGGGAUGGAGAUAUAUGGGGGAUGGGGGUAUAUGGGGGAUGGAGAUAUAUGGGGGAUGGGGGUAUAUGGGGAUGGAGAUAUAUGGGGAUGGAGAUAUAUGGGGGAUGGGGGUAUAUGGGGGAUGGAGAGAUAUGGGGGAUGGAGGUAUAUGGGGGAUGGAGAUAUAUGGGGAUGGAGAUAUAUGGGGGAUGGGGGUAUAUGGGGGAUGGGGGUAUAUGGGGAUGGAGAUAUAUGGGGAUGGAGAUAUAUGGGGGAUGGGGGUAUAUGGGGGAUGGAGAUAUAUGGGGAUGGAGAUAUUUGGGGGAUGGGGGUAUAUGGGGGAUGGAGAUAUAUGGGGAUGGAGAUAUAUGGGGGGUGGGGGUAUAUGGGGGAUGGAGAGAUAUGGGGGAUGGAGGUAUAUGGGGGAUGUAGAUAUAUGGGGGAUGGGGGUAUAUGGGGGAUGGAGAUAUAUGGGGAUGGAGAUAUAUGGGGGGUGGGGGUAUAUGGGGGAUGGAGAUAUAUGGGGAUGGAGAUAUAUGGGGAUGGAGAUAUAUGGGGGAUGGGGGUAUAUGGGGGAUGGAGAGAUAUGGGGGAUGGAGGUAUAUGGGGGAUGGAGAUAUAUGGGGAUGGAGAUAUAUGGGGAUGGAGAUAUAUGGGGAUGGAGAUAUAUGGGGGAUGGGGGUAUAUGGGGGAUGGAGGUAUAUGGGGGAUGGGGGUAUAUGGGGAUGGAGAUAUAUGGGGAUGGAGAUAUAUGGGGGAUGGGGGUAUAUGGGGGAUGGAGAGAUAUGGGGGAUGGAGGUAUAUGA